AUGGAUUCCAACAAGACACACAAUCCCGUGUUUCUGGUGUUUCCUCCGCAGGUCACUGUUCCCGAGUUUCAGUCAACAGACUCUACGGUCACAACCGUCGAGUCCCGGAUCCCCUUUCCAAAAUUACUUUCUACAAAAAUGAAAAUCUUCGGGACUAUCCAGAUCCUGGUUGGACUGAUGAACUUUUCUUUUGGAGUUAUUUUUCUCUUCACCUAUGAAAAUCCGUACCCAAGGUUCCCCUUUAUAUUCGUUACAGGAUAUCCAUUCUGGAGCUCCGCUUUGUUCAUUAAUUCUGGAGCCUUCCUAGUUGCACUGGAAAGAAGAACCACAGACGUUCUGAUGAAGAUGAGCCGAACAAUGAAUUUUUUUAGUGCCCUGGCAGCAACAAUAGGAAUCAUUCUCCUUGUAUUUGGUUUCAUUCUAGAUCAAAACUACUUUUGUGGCUAUGCUGAAGAAAUCAGCGAGUGUAAGCCUGUUACCACCCUAUUCAUUGGAAUUUUAAUUAUAUUGAUGGCCCUCAGCAUUAUUGAGUUUCUCGUCUCUACGUCCUUCUCAUUCCUGAGUAGAGCCUUUGACUGCUGUAAUUGCGAGGAAUGGUGUUGA